AUGCAGCUUGCAGGUCUGUUCCUGGCUUUCGUCUGCCUUGGGUCAUGCUAUGGGCUCAUCAGUGCAGAAAACUCUACCGACGUCGAGGUUUUUCAUGUGCCAGAGCUGCCAACAUGCUCUUUACCCUGUUUUCACGUCGCUCUCAGGGACAUAAACUGUCCCCACGGCAACACUACUUGCGCCUGUGGUAAUCUGAACAUGCAGAUAUCCAUACAGGCCUGUUCGCGGUCACUGUGUAGCAUUUACGAUUCCUUAGAAACGCACAAGUACCUGGACGAUGUGUGUGGCCAACCUGAUCGCGACCAAGGAAUGCCCAUUCGAGUACUUUGCUGGCUCGGACUGUUCCUAACCACUGUUUCUGUGGUCAUUCGUGUCUUGUGCAAGCUACUUGACGCAUCCUCAUCAGGAUCGAGAAUACGACUGAUGGUGUCCUUGUUGACUAUCGACGACUUUUUCCUGAUCCUGACCUAUCUUACGAGCGUUCCCGUCUACGUUAUCGUCGGCUACGUACUUGUUGAUGCUGGUCUCGGACGAGACGUCUGGACGCUCGAAACGAACCGAAUCGACAGUAUCGGCUACUGGAUCUACGUGUUUGAACCUCUCUACAUUCUGAUCAUGACCUUCCUCAAGACAUCUUUUCUGCUCUUUUUCCUUCAAAUAUUCUGUCGCGGCCCUUCAGAGCGGACGUGUUUCCGUGGUCUCUUGAACCUACGAGUCGCGCUGUGGAGCACAGUAGUCUUCAACACGGCUUGCGGAUUUUGCUUUAUACUGGCGCUGAUAUUUCAAUGCAAUCCCAUCAGUUACACCUGGACACGAUGGCCCGGUGAUGGAGAGCACAGCGACGGAACAUGUAUCAAUGUCAAGGCAGUUGUUUGGGUGAAUGGUGCUCUCGGUGUUAUGCUAAACGCCUGGAUGCUUUACUUGCCCAUAUCGCAAAUACGCGGAAUGAACCUGCCUCGGCGCAAGCAGAUUGUCAUCGGCGUCAUGUUUGGUCUGGGAGCUUUUGUAUCCGUCGUUAGUGUAUUGCGUCUCCAAGGUCUGAACACCUACGGCUACACUGUAGUUGACCCGACUUGGGACUACUAUCCAAGUGUAAUCUGGUCGGUGCUGGAGUUUACUGUCGGUAUUCUAUGCGCAUGUUUAUCGGCCGCUCGAGGGGUUCUGCUGCGUUCAACAACACAUGGCUCGCGGCUGUUCUCCGACGAAGCGGGAUCGUCUUCCAAUACCGGGGCAUCGAAGCUGGCUCAACUGAGCAGAGUCAGUUAUAACAACAGACGCAAAAGUCAUCAUCCGCAAGCGAGCUUAGAGGGGACAGGGACAUGCGAUAAAGGGUGCCAAAGUAGAAGCUCAAGACUGGCUUUUACAUCUGACCCGAUCGGACUGGAGCAAUUUCCGGAGAUCACCGAUAUCGAGAGCAGACCGGCGCUGCUACGGAGAGAUUCCAGCUACAGAGACAUGACUGAGCCAGCACCCGUCAGCGAAGCGCUCAAAGAUAUAAUAAGAGAAACGACAAGAACUAGUCUCGAACUCAGCCCAAUGAGGGAGGAGUUCAUAGAAGUUCUGCGGGUUGAGGAUUCAGUGGCCCCCAAUUCCGACAACGGCCCAACGGCGCGGAAGGGCACUGAAAAUGCAGCAGCGUCGGGUGGUCGUCGCGUGUCUGUUUCGGCCAAGAAGCGUCGCAUCACGCCCGACUUCUUCUUUGUACCUGCCCUUACGGGCGGAGUCGGAAGCUCGUGGAGGACGAGCAUGGCCUUGAAUAACACAAAGCGAGGCCGUGCAAUGUCGUCACCGCGGUCCCCGCCCCGUAGUUUGUUUCACACUUCUGACUGGAGCCAGCCGAGUUCGUCGUCGGUGACGGAGUUAGCCUCACCGAAUCAAACGAAACGGGAGCGGAAUGGUUCCGUAGCAUCAUCGAUACAGAAGUCCAACUGA